AUAGGGAUUCCUGCACCGGUGGUCUACUUUGUGGAUUAUGUCACCAACUGCAUAUAUCUUGAAGAUAUCGUAGACUCGGUUACAGUUCGAGAUCAUAUUGCUUCUGUACAGCAAUGUGGAAAUGAUUCCAGUAGCCUCCUUCCCCUAGCAGAGAAGUUAGGUGAGCUCUUGGCAAGAAUGCACGAUGAAGACCUUAUACAUGGGGAUCUUACAACUUGUAAUAUUCUUCUGCGACCACCCAUGGAGAAGCUGGACUUGGUGUUGAUAGACUUUGGACUCAGUUUUGUUUCAGGUCUUCCUGAGGAUAAAGGAGUUGAUUUGUAUGUUCUGGAAAAGGCCUUUCUUAGUACUCAUCCCGAUACAGAAACUGUGUUCCAAACUCUACUGAAGACUUACGCAGCUACAUCCAAAAAAUCUGGUCCUGUUGUCAAAAAGCUGGAUGAAGUACGGUUAAGGGGAAGAAAGAGAUCCAUGGUUGGCUAGAAGAGAGCAGGCUUAGUGAUGGAGAAAUAUUACUACUUAGGUUCUGCAUAUAUGUUUAUUUGUACUUCCAGUUGGUUUUAUUUCACAUAUCGCUAUUUUGAUAAGUCUGUGUCUUAAAUAAAUUUACUACAGUGUGGCAAUAAUCUUUGUGUAGUUCUUAGCAGAGUCAUACAGUAA